AUGGCCCCCCUCCCAGAUAUAGGCGGCCUCGGCGGCGGCGGCGGCCCGCCCCCAUCGACCCUCGCUGCGCAGCUCGUCGAGAACAUAUCCGCCUCAUCGAGGUCGGCGCGGUCCGACGACAACGCCGAGCUCAAAGGGCUUUUCGCCGUGAUUCAGCGCUUCAAGGACCAGCCGGAGCUUCUGCGGACGCCGGCGCAGCGCACCGAGCACAACCACAUGCUCGUCUACGUCUACUGCCGCGUGGUGCUCGACGCCGUGCGCCUCGACGACCCGCUGCUCAACUGGCCGCACGUGCGCACCGAGGCGCUCAAGGCGCUCACCUUUUUGCGCUUCACCAUCAACGAGACGCCGGCUGUGCUGUGCUACGCGUCGGCGACGCACGGGUUGCUGUUCCGCGGCGCCGAGCCCCUCUGGGUGUGGCUGCUGCCGAGGUGGCUCCGCAUGCUGGGCCACCCGGAAUGCGAGGAGCUGGAGAGUGCGAUUGAGGGGUUUCUGCAGUAUUUGCUGCUGACAGUUGCGAGGGUAUCGAAACUAUGGCCCAUGACGGGGCCGCUGACGGUGUAUUACCGUGGUUGCUUGACGGGCCUCAUUGAGAAGUUACAAUCGCCUGCGAUAAAUCUCGCGAAAACGAACGCAUCGACUGAUAUAGAAUUGCCGCUGGUCCACGUUCUGGACCAAGUGCUGGGAGGACCGAGUGCGACGCCAUCCGUCUCGCUUAUAUAUCACAUCAGGCGCGCGCGCCAAGUAUUACGGCAGGCGCAUAGCCUGGCGCGAGUUCUUGCUUAUCCCCUGAUUUGCCAAGAUUCUGCGUUUUCCUCCAUUGCGCCCAUGUCGGAGAUUGGACCCUGGCUCCUUGAUUCGUGGCUGGACCUCUGGUCGGCGCAAAAGAGACUCGAGGGCGACGAGAAGAGAUCGCCUUUGCCAUUGAUUGGCAUGGCUGUAGAUGUGGCCAAGGCAACCAAAGGCGACCAUGCUGUUGCGACGGCCACGAAGAACAAGGUAUGCACGACGCUCGUCUUGCUGUGCAGCGAGAUGGUGUCUGCGCCUGAAGAAUUAGCCAAAGCGGAUGCCGGUGGUGAUGCGGCCAGAGCCAGUUACUGUCUUGCGCUGGUUGCGAUUGCUCAAGCGGCUCUGCAGUUGCCCACAGUCAGUCGCCUGGUGGCAUCGAAGCUAGUCAACGAGCUUUCUCUUUUACCGGCGCAAUAUCCUGCGCUCGGAGAAGAAACUGACGUUUGGAGAUGUGGUGUUCUUUUACGUGAAGUUGUCAACCAUGAUCGGCUUCAGACUUUGCCUUCCGCAACGCAUCCGUCGUUGUUUCAAGACGCAGAACUAAGACGUUCCGUGGCAAGCAUGCGUCUAGUACAUGAACAACCGACUGCACACGGCAACUCUACUAAAAGAAGAAAAUUGAAUGAGCUGUCAGACAGGGAUGCUACCUCACAGGCAAUCAAAAAUUUAUACGCCGCACUGGAGCUAGCUGCACCUGCGCAGGAGAGAGUACUUGAUUCGACUCUUAUACUAAACGCGAUGGCUGCAUCGAAUGAUGCCAUGAAUUGUCUAGCUAUUGACAUGAUGUCAAAGUUGUGCUGUGUUCUAGAUAAUCAGCUCUAUGACCUAGCCGAAAAUGAGUGUGCCAUUUGCUCUGGCAAAGCUGUUCUUCGAGAAAACGUGCAGGCGCAUGAUAUCAAGACUAUUAUCCGUUCUAUAUUUGCCGAACUCAGCCAUCGGUCCAACUUUCUGGAGUCCCGCCGGCCGCGAGUCGCCGCGAUGCUUGCUUUGCGCCGAGUUCUUCUCCAUUGCGAAGAUGCUACUGCUCUCAACUUGGAAACCUCUGCCCUAGGCCAGUGGUGCCUGCAAUCGUUAAACAGCUCCAUACGAGAGCUGCGCAUCGCAGCGGGCAGAGUAAUUGUUACCUUUAUGCCACCAAAGGCGACACCUUACAUUGACGACAGCUUACUUUCGAGGAAUCGUAAGAACACGAUUGCUUUGCUACGUUCGGUUUCGGACAACGAUCAGGCACACCUUGUCGAAUCUCGAAUUCUAGUUUGGGGACAGCUUGGCCGAGUCAUGCCAGAAAAUGAGCUCAAUCUUGUCCUGAUCAAGUUGCUCGAGUAUCUUGGCAGCAGUAACACUUUUGAAGCUGCUGUCGCAUUCAACGAGCUUUUAAAUUUAGCCGAUUCGCGCAGCACCACGCCACGCCGCUUGCUCGAACCUUAUUGGAAAAGCCUAGCCUACAUGGCGACAAAAGACAUGGUUCACAGACCGCAGAGGAGCAGAGCGAUAGCAGAGCUUCUGCAACUAUCUAUAAAUGAACUGCUGCUGCUCAUCCAAACGCACGCGCUUCCGUGGCUGGUCUUGGACAAGCGCACAGAAGUGAUUCAAAAGUUUGCCGAGGCACGACAAGAGAAUAUGGGCUGGCAACCACUGAUGGAUAAUUCAAACCUGGCUGCCAUCCUGUCACUUCUCAUGAUUCAAGAAACUGACGAUAUUGAAAGUUUCGUCAGAACGCGAUUGAAUGACGUUGGUCUUCAUCUGCAUGACCGGCCUAUUGUUGAAUUGCUGCAAAUUGAACCUGUCAUGAUUGCGAUUGAGCUCUUGAAGGCUGCCGGACAAGCAGAUGGCGCAAGAAAGCAAAUCAUAACUGAAGCUCUUCGUUGGAUGGCAACGAGCAUUUUGAGUGCGAACCCUGAGACCAAGAAGCUUCAAAAAGGGAACAUCAUUGGCAGGUUUCUGCAAUCACAUAUCCUCGGUUUGAUGGCUCGCCUGACAGAUGUGAUCAACGACCCAGCGACAAUGCACCCUGGUGAACUGGAACAGCGCAACUGCAUUCGCGCCUUGGACGAAAUGAUCAACCUUUGCCAGUCACAUGCACGCAUCGCGCGCCCGCAAAUAUCUGCCUGUCUACUCGCAGCCCUGGCACAGGAUUCUCUCAGGGAUAUUUCGCUAUCUUGCUGGGCAUCCAUGCUGAUGAACUUUGGAGAGGAGGAUGUCGAGGCACUUCUGGAGACGACGUUUUUCAUUGUCAAAUACUAUUGGUCAAGUUUCAGUCCAUCUUCAAUCGAGACGGCCUGUGCCAUUGUGUCGUUCCUGUUGGAUCACCACGGGGCCAUUGUUCAGACUAACAUUAGCAGCUUGCCCUCUUUUGAGGGCAUCUCAGCACUGGCCAAGCUGGAAACAAAGCUACAAGCUCUUCGGCCCAAGCUCCUUCCUGAAGAGCUACUCCCGAUUUUUGCCAGAAGACUUCGCCAUGAAAAUUCCGGUGUUGUACAGCAAGCCCUAUAUGAGCUUGUACCAUAUCUUCGUGCCAACCAGAGCGCGCUCUACACCUCCAACGUUACUCAGACGGAAAAUGUCGUGACAGUCCUCAUGCGUGCUUUGUUGGAUUGCGCUUGCAAGUACAAUAAUAUUCACGGAAGUAUCAGCCGUCUCUGCGUCGAGUCGAUGGGCCUGAUAGGUUGUCUGGACUCGAACCAAGUUGAAACGGUCCGCGAGCAGCGGUCUAUCGUGGUCUUGAACAACUUUGAAAGCUUCCCAGAGACAACCGACUUUGCGCUGUUUCUCUUGGAAGAGAUUCUGGUACCGGCUUUCCUUUCCGCAACCGACACUCGCCUUCAAGGAUUCCUGUGUUUUGCCAUGCAGGAGCUACUGGAUAGGUUCGAGAUCAAGGCCGCCAUUGCGAUGCAAAACACUGGAGGUGUCGCCGGCAACGACAUUUACCGCAAAUGGAUUGCGCUGCCGGAGAACGUGCGCGAAGUAGUCACUCCUUUCCUCACUUCCAAGUACAUGGUAGCUCCCAUGUUGCCGGUCAAAGUGGAAUACCCCAUUUUCAACCCUGCAAAGCCCUACGGCAACUGGCUUCGGUCUUUUGUCAUUGAGCUCCUGCGAAACGGGCAACACCCUCAUGCCGAUAUGCUUUUCGAGCCGUUGUCGCGUGUUAUUCGAGUCAAGGACUUGUCAACGGCCGAAUUCCUGCUGCCGUACCUUGUUCUCCAUGUUCUUCUUGGAUCGAAAAGUACAAACCAUGACAAGGAUCAAAUUCUCCAUGAGCUUACCAGCAUCCUGGAGCACAGUCCAUCGGAGGACGCCUCGUAUACUGAAAAGGAAGAAUUCAAGCGCUACUGCCAUGCUGUAUUUCGGGUUAUUGACUACGCAAUGCGCUGGGUGCACAGCAAGAAAUCCUCAGGCAAACUGUCGAGCGAGGCUAAGGAACAAGUUGCCAACAUCCAGGCUAUUCUGGACAACAUCUCUGCUGAACUCAUCUCGCAGCGCGCGACUGACUGCAAUGAGUAUGCGCGCGCCUUGUUCCAUCUGGAGCAGCAUGUUCAGAAAAUGGAGCAACAUAAACGAGAGCCCGGCGACCGCGACCGCAUGCUGCAGCGACUGCAAGACAUUUAUGCCAAUAUAGAUGAGCCGGAUGGCUUGGAAGGUAUCUCGGCUCAUCUUCAUGCACUGGACAUCAAUCAGCAAAUUUUAGGCCACAAGAAAGCAGGCCGGUGGACGGCUGCGCAAACGUGGUAUGAAAUCCAGUUGGCAGAGAAGCCAGAUAAUGUCGAUGUGCAAAUCGAGUUGCUCAGCUGCUUGAAGCAAGCGGGCCAAUACGACGUGCUUCUCAAUCAUGUCGAAUCAAUGUUUACAGAUUCGCCAAGUGAUGUCAAAAUCAUGCCAUAUGCGGUCGAAGCCGCUUGGGUUACUGGUCGUUGGGAAAGUCUCGGCAAGUUUGUUGAAAAAUUUCAAGGCGACCUAGCUCAGGACUUCAAUAUGUCCCUCGCAUCAAUCUUCUCAUCGCUUUACAAGAACAAGGCGCACUCGGGUCUUAACCAAACAGUGCAGGGAAUGCGGGAGAAGAUAGGAGCAGCAAUGACUACGUCUGCGACAGCAUCGCUGCAAGCAGCUCACGACUCUCUGCUCAAAUGCCACGUCCUCGCUGAUCUCGAGGUAAUUAUUAAUCUGAGACCCGACAGAGAGGAUGAUCGAAAACAAGCCCUGGGCUUGCUAGAUAACCGGCUGGACAUUAUUGGAGCCUACUUCUAUGACAAGCAGUACAUUCUCGGAAUUCGAAGAGCGGCCAUGGAGCUCACACGACCAAAGUUUACCGAUCUCGACAUUUCCGCACUUUGGCUUACCAGUGCUCGCCUUGCCCGAAAGACGGAUGCUACGCACCAGUCUUUCAAUGCUGUCCUACACGCCUCGCAACUGGGAGACGACUCGGCAACCAUUGAAAACGCAAAGCUACUAUGGAAAGACUCGCAUCGUCGACAGGCCAUCCAGAUGCUUCAAGGCGCAAUUGAACGCAACCGCUUCAUGACGCAGACGGGAGUCUCGAUCACGGCAAGCUCUAGUAAGCUCAGCCCCCAUCAGAAGCUCCUAACAGCGCGUGCGCAGCUGCUCCUGGCCAAGUGGCUUGAUACGUCGGGACAAACACACGCAUUGGCACUGCGUGAAAAGUAUCAGCAGCCGCCCAAGACUCAUUCCAUGUGGGAAAAGGGCCAUUACUACCUUGGCCGUUAUUACAAGAAGAUUCUGGAAGCUGAGCAGCCCUUGAAAAUUGAUGAUCAGAGCGACAACUACGUUACUGGAGAGAUUGCGAGGCUGGUUAUUGAGAAUUAUCUUAGGUCUCUCACAUUUGGCACAAAGUACCUCUACCAGACUUUGCCGAGAAUAUUAACGCUGUGGCUCGAUUUGGGCGCCCAGAUUGGCAAAGCCCCCGAAGGGAGGACGUCGCUCUCCCGCGAGCUUCACAAGCGCCGCGCGGAUCAGCUCAAUCUGCUUCACACGUUUCUCGACAAGUACAUCAAGAGGCUGCCCGCGUACAUUUUCUACUCGGCCCUGCCACAGAUUGUUGCUCGCAUCGCGCAUCACAAUGCCAGCGUCUUUGAGCGACUCGCGCACAUCAUCAGCAAGGUCGUGCAGAGCUACCCGCAGCAGGCACUUUGGAGCAUGAUUGGCGUCAUGACUACAAAGCAGACAGGAGAGCGCAAGACGCGAGGGAUGCAAAUCUUGCAGACCCUUCGCAGCACGUCGAGGAGAGUGGAGGGGUCGUCGUAUGACCUCAAGCAGCUCAUACGCUACGCGGAAAAGCUCGCCGAACAGCUUCUCCUCGCCUGCACCAAUGGCGACUUUCAGGGCACCAAGACUGUGCACGCAAGCCUGACGCGCGACCUGCGCUUCAACCACAAGUGCACGCCGUGCCCGUUGGUCGUGCCGGUCGAGGGCACGCUGACGGCGGCGCUGCCCGCGGCGUCCGAGUACUUCAAGGACCAUCGACCGUUUUCGCGCGACGUGGUCACGAUUGACUGCUUCCUGGACGACGUGCUGGUGCUGAGCUCGCUCGCCAAGCCGCGCCGCCUGACGGCCCGCGGCAGCGACGGCAAGCUCUACAUGCUGCUCAUCAAGCCCAAGGACGACCUACGCACCGACCAGCGUCUGAUGGAGUUUAACGGCCAAAUUAACCGGUCGCUGAAGCGCGACGCCGAGUCGAGCCGGCGGCAGCUGUACAUUCGCACCUACGCCGUCGUGCCGCUGAAUGAAGAGUGCGGCAUCAUCGAGUGGGUGCCGGGCAUCAGGACGAUGCGCGAUACGCUGCUCACACUGUACGCGUCGCAAAAGAUUUACCCCGAGUACAUGGCGCUGAAGCAGCUCAUGGACGAGGCGUCGACGUCGGAGAGCAAGAUUCGCAUCUUCACCGACGACGUGGUCGGGCGCUUCCCGCCGCUGUUGCCGCUGUGGUUCGUGCAGCAGUUCCCCAACCCGUCGGCGUGGUUCGCGGCGCGCCUGCGGUACACGCGCUCCUGCGCCGUCAUGUCCAUGGUGGGCACGAUGCUUGGGCUCGGCGACCGGCACGGCGAAAACGUCAACCUGGAAGAGGGCAACGGCGGCAUCUUCCACGUCGACUUUAACUGCCUGUUUGACAAGGGCCUCACGUUUGCCAAGCCCGAGCGCGUGCCGUUUCGCCUCACUCACAACAUGGUGGCCGCCAUGGGCGUUUACGGCUACGAGGGCCCGUUUCGCGCAUCGUCGGAGCUGACGCUGCGCAUCCUGCGGCAGCAGGAGGAGACGCUCAUGACGAUUCUGGAAGCGUUUAUAUAUGAUCCUACGCUGGAUCUGCAAAAGGAGAAGCGCGCGCGCAAGAGUGAUGCGGCGGUGCGGCUGCAGCCGCAGAGCGUCGUGGACAGCAUAAAGAGAAAGCUCAAGGGCUUGCUCCCGAAUGAGAGCAUUCCGCUGUCGGUGGAGGGUCAGGUGGAGGAGCUGAUUAAGCAGGCGGUCGAUCCGAGGAAUUUGACGGCCAUGUAUAUCGGAUGGUGUCCGUUUUUGUGA